AUGGCUCAACCCGCUGUAUCUUCAGCAAAUCCACCAACUCCUCAGCUGAAUAACUCUCCAUCCAAUGUCCUCCCAUCUCCGAAAUCAAUUCCGAUGCACCAACAGCCCGACUUGCAAGCCAUUCAACACCAGGCCCACCAGAAUCGACUUGCUCUCUCCGAAGGCAUGGUGAAGGGAAAGGGAACAAAGGAUGCUUACGGACGACAUGUCAGGGAUUAUGAAAUAUUUUGGAUGUCCUUCCAGGAUAAGGCGGAGAAGGAAAAUCCAGCCCACCACGACAACCAUGGACAGGACAUUGAAGGGACCUCUGUUGGCAAGGAACACAUCAAGCAGGCCAUUAGCGCACUUCAACGGUACAUGAGAGAACACCAGCACCUCCCCGAGUACGGUGGAUGUCCUGAUACUCGUAUUCCACUUCGUGAUCAGGACUGGGUCAAGCUGUAUGAAACUGCAAGCGCAGCACGUGAACCCGACCGCAAGAAAAAGGCACACAUUCUCAAAGCCACAGGAACAUCAGCAGAUAUCUAUACAUGUGAUGAACUCACCUGGAUGUCAAUAUGGUCAUUUGAAGCUUUUGGGCCCUCUCCGCAUGAUACUUACCUCGGCAUCCGUGAUCAUACCAUGCUCCUGUUCUCCACAAAUAUUGCCUUCCGAGGCGACAGUUGUCGCCGCCUUCUCUGGUCAGAUCUCUUCACACGAUCACUUCCCAUGGAGAUCAUCGGGCCAGAGGUCGAACUUACAGCACUCGGCUUUCUUGCUGAUCAGGCGAAGACCAACACAUCAGGUCGGGUUGAUGAGCAUGCUUUAUUUUGGCAUCGCUACCCUGAGCUUUGUGGAUUUGGCGCACUUGCCUUUUUCUUCUUUAGUUACUUCCACAUUCUGGGAAAGCCGCCACCCGAAUUUGCCCCUGAUUUCCGUGAUCCUGAACACUCUGAGUAUGGGAGAAGAGAUUGGUAUGGCUACUUUCUCUUUCCUGGGAAGGCAGGCCCAGAAGGCGAGCAGCGACCAAUGACCUAUACUAACCACUAUGAGCGUCUGAAAAAGAUGCAUGAGAAGAACGACAUCAGCAUCUCGAAGGUCACCCACGGUGGCCGUUUUUAUUCAGCCGAUAAAGCUGGGAUCUAUGGCGCUAGCGGAAUUGACAUCAAGGCACUCGGAAAUUGGAAAACGGGGGAUGCAUAUUCAGAAGUAUACAACCGUGCGAUGCCUGUGAGGGCUAUGCUUGCUGCGUCAAUGUUCAGCGCAGAGAAGCCUGACAGCUAUGUGCUCUCUCAUUCCCUUCUUGAUCCACCACCCAACUUGCUCCGCAAUUUAUUUCCAUGGGUCGAAGGUGCCCAACAAGCAUACUUUCAGCGUGUCAGGGAGCUGGGGCAUAAGGCCGUGGAUUACUCAUUGAAGCAACUUUUUAUUCUCAUGCCACAGCUUCGGACAAUUCUUAUUCAAGAUGCAGCCAUCCUGUUUUCUCGAUACCCCAGUCUUUCCAUAUGGAAUUACCCUCCCUUCACUGAGCUUGAGGCCAAACACCAUCUAGAAGCACUUCCGGAGAAGAUGGCCACUUCAAUGCAUGGAAUAGUUGAAGCUCUGGAAAUCAAGCACGCGAAGGAUAACAAAAGGGUCAAUAAUCGAUUAGACUAUCUCAUUGGUCUUAUGACCAAUCAAGCCGCUGCAAGGUCGAAGUACAGCUCACAAGACCAUCCAGCUUAUGCGUCCAAUAGCAACUCAAGCUGCUUAAUGUCUACAACACCUUCAUGCGCAUCCACCCCAUCCACCCCAGUCAUCAUGGACAAGAGCCUGAACAACCAGCCUGGAGCGUUGUCUUUGCCUGAGCCACUUCUGUCACCUGCCCCGCCAAAUUCUCAAAUACCUCUACAGUCACCACCUCCACCACCUCCAGUGCCGCAGUUAUGGCCCAAAGAUCUACUAGGAUUACAGUCAAACUUUAUAUUAUCAACCAACGACCAUGAGCACGCUCGCCAAAUCUCAGAGAUUUACACUCUGAGGACGAAUUACAGCAGUGACCGUCUCAGGUCCCACCAGUUUACCUGGAUGAAGUACUCAUCAGGUCAAAUCUCAGUCGAGUGGCUUCCAAUUUACACAUACAAAGCCAAUGCAUCAAUCUCGGAGAUCUGGGAGGAGUAUACCAAUGGGCUUGAUGGGCAUCUUUCCAUCCAGCAGCUGUGCAACGGGUGGGAUGCACGGUGGCGGCGCAAUAACUCAGGACUCAAAACAGAAGCUGCACGGUGCAAGCAGAUCACCAGCUUGAUUGAGAUGCUUGUCAAGUGGCCAAAUUGGAACUCAUCACUUGCACUGCGCUUUCUCAGAGAUAAGUAUCCGAUACCAUCUUUGUCUCCUGCCCAUCUCCACAGCAUGCGAGCCUUCAUCACUCAUCUGCAGAACAAAACCUCAGGGCCUCAAGCAGUAGCAGAUAUUUUAGAAGCUGCAGCUACAUAUUGUAUGUUGGAAAAGGAGGUGCAGUUGCCUGUCUCAGAUUUAGCGCAAGGAGGGGCUGCUAUGUUUCAAAUCCUUCUUAUGCUGAACCUUCAUCUUGUUCUGCACUCACUGAACAAAGUUUUUAAUUAUUCCAUCGUGGUCAUCAGAAAUGGGAAUUUCUGGCUUAUGGAAGGUAAGGCUUCGAUUGAGGCUGCCAUUGAACCAUUGCACCAUGUUAGCACGCUACAAGAACUCGCCCGACUGAAUGGAUUCAACCACAAAACUCGAGGAAAGAACGCUCUCCGUAUUGGAGUGGAUGUCAGUAUCUUGAUGGAUGAGUGCCUUGCAGCCGCAAAAAUAAGGGUCUCUUCCAGUAUACUCAAGACGGUCCCCUGGAAACUUUCUACUUCAAGCUCUGCGAGUUUCUCCAGCAUCCAGUUGUUAUGGUUUUUGUUUUUGACGGCCCCGCAGCUCAUUGAGGCGUUUGGAUUUUAUUACCAUCAGGCUCCUGGUGAAGCGGAGGCCGAACUCGGUCUGCUCGAACAGCUUGGGAUGCUCGAUGUUGUUAUUACUAGUGAUGGCGAUACCUUUGUUUUUGGUGCCCGGACCAUCUUGAAAAAACAGCUGAAGCUGAAAGACCAGUACACUCAUCAGCAAAUCCUGAUUUUGAGGGUCAAAAUGACCUCAAUUUUAGCGUUACACCGCGUUAUGGCGCGUUACGCAGUGCUACCUCUCAUAACCCAACCAGGAAUUGCUGAUGCUGUCUAUCUUGCCGAUGAGAUUGAGAAUGCAGAUGGCUUCCAUCUUACAUGGGGAGGGUUUCUGCUUACAGCUGUGAUGUCUGGCGGUGACUAUUCAACUGGAGUUUACGGAUUUGGUGCUGCAACAUCCCUUGCCCUCGCGCAAUGUGGUUUUGGUGACGCUAUGGGAAGGGGUGUUUUUUCAAACGGUCGUAGAAACACCAUCUACGACAAUAAUCAACACAAACUUCUCAGCCCAACAAUCCAAGCGCCCUUGAGAAGUGUCUCUUUCACCAAAAGGAAGGGCAAGGCUGGCAUGUGGGCUCGUGUUUCAUUCUGUCUGAGCAACUUCAUUGCCCUGCUAGGGAUGGACCGCGAUGUCGACACAAAGCACUUGAAGCCACUCAAGGUUUGGAUCCCGAGAGGCUGGUUUGACCCAGACAUCAGUUCGUUCAACCUCGACAAAAAAUUAGCAGCUCAGGGAAAGAAAUGUCAUUGCCUCCAAGUCAAGUCCUCAAACGAAGGGAAAGUUGACAUGAAACAGGAUCCAAUUUGUUCUGCACCACCUCCCAUGGAGCCAGGACCAUCGAGCUGCCAAGCUCCUGGACCGUCAGCAAAUCUGGAUAUUCCGGCACAACCACUGGCAUGCAAUCUCGAACGAACACCUUCCUCCGAAGUUGAAAUCGUCAGGCAUGUCAUCGAGAUUGAGGAUUCGCCACCCCCAACCCGGAAGCGCAGAUAUCAUGUUGCGUUCACAGAUGCGGAUAUUAUAGACAUCAGCGAUUAG